AUGUCUCUUCCAUCCAGCGAUUUUGCCGACGACUUCCCCAACGCGGAGGUUAUUGGUACAGAUAUCACCCCCAUUCAGCCUUCGUGGGUACCUCCCAACGUCAAGUUCGAACUCGAGGACUGCAAUCAGGAAUGGACCUGGGCCGAUAAUACCUUUGACUUCAUUAAUAUGCGUAUGUUGAUUGGUGUUUUUCAAGACUGGCACGCCCUCUUCCGCCAGGCCUAUCGGACCUGCAAGCCAGGUGGCUAUGUUGAGAGCUUCGUCUGCUCCUGCCAUUUCGUAAGUGACGAU